AUGAAUGUUAAUGAGUUAAACUCGGAUGAAGGACCCAUUGCUAAGAAUUUGUCCCCUGGAAUUGCCAAGAGGAUGAAGAAUAGAAGAGACAAGGUUGUGAUGAAUGAAGGCACACCCUCUAAGACUGCCAAGAAGAAAGCUAUUGUUGGUCCCACCAAAAGCUUGAGCAAAGUUGUGGCUCCUACUAGGAAGAAGAAGGAGAUCUCUUCUAGUGAAUCUGAUCAUGAUUUUGAACAUGAUAUUCAGGACUUCACCCCACAGAAGAAAGAAGCGGUGAGAAAGAUACCUGUGAAUGUUCCUGAGGUGCCUUUAGAUAAUAUAUCAUUCCACUCUGUCGGUAACGUAGAAAGAUGGAAAUUUGUUUACCAAAUAAGGCUAGCUCUGGAAAGGGAAAUUGGACAGGAUGCACUUGAAUGCAAGGAAGUUAUGAAACUCAUUGAACAUGCAGGUUUAAUGAAAAGUCCUACAAGCUUUGGAAAAUGUUGUAAGGUGCUAGUGAAGGAAUUUAUUAUAAACAUCCCUGAUGACCGUGAUGACAAUAAAAGCAAGGAAUUUAGAAAAGGUUAUGUGAGAGGAAAAUGUGUGGAAUUUUCAUCUAUUGUGAUUAAUAAGUACAUGGGCAUAUGUGAAGAUGAACAACCUGAGAUAGAGGUGUCUGAUAACCAGGUUUGCAAAGAAAUUACUGCAAAACAGGUUGUACAAUGGCCUAGAAAAGGAAGCCGUCAGCUGGAAAGUUAA